CUCACUACCCUCCUUUGCUCCACGUUACUCAGAAUGAAGUUUUUUCCGGUGGUAGCAGCCCUGCUGCACGUUGUCCUCUCCGGUCACGUAGCAGUGAGAUUGCCUUACCUGAAUCCUGCAGGAGUGACGUACGUAGACAGUUACGCAGGACAUUCAGCACCCUUGGGUUACGCAGCUGCACCAGCACUGCAGCACGCACCUGCACCACUGGCCUACGGAGCUCAUCUUCAAUAUGCAGCCCCAGCAGCAAUUCCUGCGAGAUUGGAAGCUCAGCACGUUGGCUACGCAACUGCCCAAGUGCCAGCUGUAGCCGCUGUCCCCGUAGUCAAGCAUGUGCCAACUGUCUCCCACGUGCCAGUAACAAGGAUCCAAGCUCAGCACGCAGUCCUUCAGAAGCAGCUGGACGUUGUAAAGCCUGCAGUGUCCACCCGCAAAGUUGAGGUCCGUCGUCCAGCUAUCCAGAAGCAAUUCUACGAUAUCGAGGAACGUGUUAUCAUCAGACCAGCUGGUUCCGCCCUGGUUGAACUGGAUGAGCCAACUUCGAAACUGCAAAGAGGACCAGCCGUGAUCCAGCCUCUUGCAGACGCUGCACCAAUUUCCGUGACUCCUGUACCAGACUCUCAUCAAGUGAUUCCUGCUGGCGCCAUCUCUCACGCACCCCUGGCCCAGGGUCUGGUCCCCGUUGUUGCCCAUGCUCCCGUCCACGUGACCCCAGCACCGGUCUACGUUGCCUCUUCCACCCACGAGCCAUCUCACGUCUCUUCGACCCCCGCACCCAGCUUCGAGGACGAGUCCAUUGUCGUUGAGAAUCCCAACUUCCGCAGCAUCGAGCAACAGACUGAAGCUCACAGGCAGCAGGAGCAAAGCUACAACGAGCACAUCAAUACCCCCCGUGCUUCUCAGGCGAAUGCCAAGAUCGCAUCGGAGCCACGAGUCUACGCUCACUCGAACGGCGCUGCGCCCCUGGAAGCUGCAGCCCGUCUGGCAGCUCACGACCCUGCCCCAGCGGUAGUCGCCAGCGUUAGAAACAGCCCCGAGGAAAGCCACUCCAACCAGCACAAACUUAUUGAACUGCUUACUGCUCGUGGAGGAGUCGCUGAGGUCGGAUUUGGUCGCGAGGGACCCGCCUCCCGUGUAGGAGAUGCUGGCCACGUUCGUGCCCGCGUCCUCUCCGCCACUGCUGCUCCUGAAUUCGCAGAAGCUGCCGGCGAACGCGUGUCCACCCGUCGUGUUGUUGUAAGCCGACCCAUCGAGACCCUCCAGGAAUUCGACGUUGUCGAACCAGCUACAAAAGUUGAGAGGGUCUCUGUUCAAGAGCCCACUCUUAUCAAGACUGCCCACCUAGAACACGUGCAAGUUCAUGGUUCUGUUCCUGUAGUAGGCAAAGCCCUUGCACCAGCUGUCGCUCACGCUUCUGUUCCAGUCUACCAAAAGACCCUCUCCCCAGCUUACGAUUACUACCAUCAUUGAUUGUAAGAGGAUUUAUUGGAAACCGUGAACCUUGACCUUUGUUAACUACUUUCUCGAAUGAAGAAUCAUUGAACUCGCCGUAGGUCACGGGAUGUACAUAAUCAUACACGCUUGUCGAUUGAUCAAUAAAAGGAAUUAAACAUAUUUUUUUUUAAAUUCGUAAUUUUUGAAAACGCUGUAAACUGGCUUACAGACAAUUUCAAUUAGGGAGUAAUGAAUUUUUUGUAAAUGUUCGAAUUAUUCGUUUAUAUUAUGGUGAACUCCAAUUCGUAAUAUUUUUAUGUCUUUUUUUAUGGCAAUCUGCAUCCGUGUAGAAUGUAUUGGUUUCAACUAAUUAUGCACACGCACGAAGAAAAGCGACUAAAAUCUGGGACAAGGUCGAUAAUUAUGUCAGACUUGUAGUCGGUUUAUGUCCUAUUAAAAAUAUGCCUUUCACUCAAGUUAUUUUAAGGUAAAAACGCACUGCGCUGAAAUAGGUAUUAAUAUAUCGAAUACCGCAAGAAUUGAGUUUCAAAAUGAAAUAAUGACGUCUAUAAAAAAAUAUCAAGUACUUUGUAAAAGUAACAGAAGACCCCGAGACCUCGAUUGAUUCUUUAAAUAAAAAAAAAACUCUAACCUA